AUGGGAAAGCUUGUAGCCCUUGGUAUAUCACUCAUCCUUGUUGUUGGUGUUGUCAUCGGCACUGUUGUUGGUGUAAACAAAGGUAGGCAUCCCAAGGAUGACUGGUCUGCAAAAGACAUUGCCAGCGGUGGUACAUCAACGACAAUGAAAAGCGUCAGCGCAAUCUGUGCCUCCGCCGACUACAAGGAUUCUUGCAUUAAAACCCUUACCCCUCAAAACACAGUAACAGCACAAGGAAAGAUGUUCCAGAAUGAGGAAACUGGUAUUGUGAUCCAAAACUGCAAUAUCGUCCCAGAUCAACAGCUCUCCGUUGAUAAGUUAAAGAUCCCUUCAUUCUUGGGCCGCCCAUGGAAAAAAUAUGCAACGACAAUUAUCAUGGAAUCAGCCAUUGGUGAUUUCAUAAGACCUGAAGGGUGGAUGCCAUGGAGUGGCAACUUUGCACUCGAUACUUUGUUCUAUGCUGAAUAUAAUAACCGAGGCCCAGGUGCUAAUACCGCCCAAAGGGUCAAAUGGAAGGGUUUCAAGGUCAUCACCAAUAGGAAUGAGGCUCUUCGCUUCACUGCCGGACCAUUCAUUCUAGGAAAUGAAUGGUUGAAAAACACCGGAGCACCUUUCGUCCUUGGAUUGAAGUACUAA